AUGUCCGAUCAAUCUACACCGAUUGACAAACCUCAAAGUCCUACCACAAUAGACGCAGAAAAUGAUAAACGUUUUCAAAUAGAAUUAGAAUUUGUUCAGUGUCUAGCGAAUCCGUGGUAUCUCAAUAAUCUCGCGCAAAGAGGAUUCUUUCAAGAUCCUGCAUUCCUUAACUACUUAAAGUAUUUGAAGUAUUGGCAGCGUCCCGAAUAUGCAAAAUUCGUAAUGUAA